AUCGCUUCAAGAGAUCCGUCACCACCACAGCCUCUAGGCCCAGCUCAGCUACACUUGAGCUCUACCUCCACACCGCACCACAGUCACCAUGGUCCAAAUUGUCAAGCGCCAAGGCUACAAGCUACUCAACCUCUGGACUACCGACAAGGGUACCUUUCCGGUCGUCUUCUGUGCCACCUUCGCAGCCGUAGCCGCCACGGGCUCGUCGCUUCGCUACCUAUUCCUGAACCCCGACGUGUACGUGAACAAGGACGAGCGUUUCACUUCGCUACACCACACUCUAGAGCCGCGCGAGGACCGCGGGUCUGCAUGGCGGCAAUUCCGCUUCCGCAUGGCAAAUCUGAAGCGUAACCCGAUCAACCAGUCUCGCCAGUUCGACGACCUGUUCGCCAAGGACGAGAACCAGGGCGUGCAGAGAUAGAUAGCUCGCGUGUGCUGGUGAUGCCUGGCAGCAAUGUUCCCAUCGAAAUAAUCGACUGCCGUGUGAAAUAAAAAAAUCGG